AUGAACGGUGAAGAUUUGUUAACAAAAUUCGAUGACUUGGUGAGGAGAUUUAGGAGCGAAUUCAACGAUAUAAUUGAAGGGGAGCGAGCCAAAAUGAAGGCGGAACUAGACGCUUACAACGCAGAGAAGCAAAGAAUGAAAGCCGUCGAAGUCAGCGAUAAUGAUAUAAUAGAACUCAACGUUGGUGGUCACAAACUAACCACCAAGAGAUCUACUCUUUGUCAAGUAGAAGGUUCGCUGCUUGCCUCAAUGUUCAGUGGACGUUGGGAGGACAGUCUCGAGCGCGAUCAAGAUGGCGCCAUAUUUUUCGAUUUUAAUCCCCAGUAUUUUCUUGUCCCCGAGCCGACGGCGCGAAGCGCCGUGCGAGGGUACUAAUUCCCCCCGGCUAUUUACACCCGGGGAAACGAAAGCAUUAGCGGAGUCUAAAGUUCAUCAAGUAUCGCGGGCGUGGGUGACCAACGGUGUUGAGUGGGUGGUCAUCCUCACUGAUCUCAAAAAUAUGGCGGACUGUCAUGAAUAGCGGACACUGAUUGGUCCAAUUUAAAGUUUGCAUCACAACGACUGUAUGACGACAGCGAAAUAGCAAACAUUUCUUGAUUUGAUCACAGAUUUGAUGAUUGAUAAAUUUCUUGCAAAUAUACUUCAAUUUUACUCGCAUUUUUGCAAGAUUUUGUAACUUUCAAGAUAGAAACGGCGAAAGAAUCGGCUAAAAGAAGGGAGCCGACGUUAACGAAGGUAAGUUUGUGUUAAAUAUUGAUUUUAUAAUUGCUUUAAAACCCGACGGCCUUUGGCCCUUUGCGUAUAUGAAAUAACUAAACAAGACAGCAUAUAAUUUCAGUCAAUUCAGUGUAUUAUUAAUAUUGAUUCUUUUUUAUUGUAUUGAAUUUUUUUACUUAAAAGAAAGCAAAGUUAUUUGCAAGCGAGAAUUUGAAAUCAUUUUGUUGCAAACUCAAAGUUUAUCGAUAAAGCCAUUUAAUUAAAGCCAGGCAAUUUAGUUUUAUAAAGAACGUUUUAAAACGUUUUGCGAAGCUUUUGUGGUUGAAUUUUACCUUAAAUUGAAGCUUAUAUUACGUAUAAUAACAUACCUAACAAAUAUAUGUUGGGAAAUUGAUAAUUUUGUAAUUAAAAUUGAUAUUUUUAGGUAAUUUUUCAUUUGUAAGAAUAUUCUUAAAAAAUUAUCGUGUUAUUACCAUGACAACAACUUUGGAUACUUCAUGUUUGGAAAAUACAAUGGUUUUGUCAGCAAGGCGAGGGUUUCUGCAUGCAUGUAUUUUCUAGUUAUAUUGGAAUAUCUGCGCGCGAAGAAAAUUGCGACACCAGAGCGUCCCGCGCUAUUGCCGAAAGUCGCCGAAGACCAAGCAGAAAGUUUUAAUAAUCUUCUGGAAUACCUCGGUUUAAGCGAUGAAAUCGUUCCCGCUGAAAAAGUGCCUAGUGAGAAAUUCAAUCAACACAACAGCAAUAUAGUUACUCUUCAGGAAGGCGGGACAGUUGCAGUUCAUGGUCCAAAUGAUGGACAUAGUUAUGUUCUGGGUGAAAAUGUUUACCAAAAAGGCAUUGUUCAUUUCAAGUUGAAGCUGGAGUCGUUUCGAAAUAAUGAUUGGAUGUUGGUUGGCAUGGUGAAAGCGGAUGUUGUACCACCGGAUAAUAAUUCAUAUUCAUGGCCUGGUUCAUAUGGAUGGGGACUCGGGCAGACUGGUAUAGUAUGGAAAGACGGGUCACAUACGUAUGAUAAUGCUUUAAAAAAUGUCACUAAACAAGACGACACGGUUGAGUUAGUCUUGGAUUGCGAUGCUGCCAAGCUGUCACUACAUUUGCCCACUGGUCAACAAUUUCACAUCGAAAUACCCAAGUCACAAACCUGGAGACUGAAUGUAAAUUUACUUCGUCCAAAUGACAGACUACGUAUCAUGAACGAAUAA